AUGGCGGAGAUGGAGAAAAAAGAGGUGGCUGAGGAAGAGCAGAGUUUGAUGGAAAAAGUUACCAUUUUGGAUUUCGAUAUGCUCUGUGCAACGGUGGCUAUGCAGAAUCAGAAGGGCAAGUGGGAUAAAUUGAACAUGGAUGAAUAUGAUGAAGAAGAAGAAGGGCUCAUUUAUGCAAACGGAAAUGGUGGAGGAGGAGUUUUUAGGAUGUGGGAAGGUGAGCUUGUAAAUGAUUGCUUUGAUGACCGCCGCAUCGCUCUCCAAUCUGCCUGUUGCCCAUGUUACAGAUUUGGGAAGAACAUGAAACGAGCUGGUUUUGGUUCUUGUUUUCUUCAGGGAUCUGUUUAUGUGAGUCUUUGUUUACUGGUCCUUGUCAAUAUUCUCGCCUUUUUAGUCACAAGGAGACACUGCUUUCUUUAUUUGGGAGCUGGUUUUACCAUUUUGGUGGGACUAUAUUUGGGAAUGUACCGCACUCAGAUUAGGAAAAAGUUCAAUAUUAGUGAAAGUGAUGGUGCCUUUGACGAUUGUGUGUACCAUCUCGUCUGCCCCUGCUGUUCCUUGUGCCAGGAAUCUCGGACGUUGGAGAUGAAUAACGUUCAGGAUGGAAUUUGGCACGGCAGAGGUGAUACAAUAUGUAUAGGAAGUUAUUCUGAAGGUGUUAAGGCUUAUAUUGAGCGAAGUCCACCUCCUGUUAUGUUCAUACAUCCCCCAGAGCCACAAAUUAGUUCAAAAUCUACUCAAGAAACCACUCAUUCUGUUGCUCCUACAUUUGAGCCCACUUCUCCGGUUGCUUGA